AAAAUGUUGUAACCAUGGCAGCGGAGGGAUCUUUAGCAUGAAGCGGAGAGACAGGCGACAGAUUAAGGUCUGCAGCAUGUCUUCCUCCUCUUCCUCCCUGGCGCUGCCCUACUUCUGUCCUCGUUGUGGCGACCACGUUCGUUUCUCGUCUGUACCGGAGCUCCGGGUUCACCUGGUCAGCCGACACACCUACGAGACACUGCUGCUGCUGUCACAGGCUGGUGUUAGAAGCUCCAGAUCCGGUGUUCUCCUCCCACUCCCGGGCCAAGCUGUAUCCCAGAAACAGAGCUCCUCUGUGGGCAUGGAAGCGCCCGGCCUGCCCCUGCCGCUGGCCUGCCUGGAUCUCGCCUCGUCGUCCGUCUCCAUCCAACUCCUCAGGGAAAUGUUCGGUCCUUCGAGCUGCGCUCUCCCUCCACAGGACCCCUCCACCGCUCUGGCCCUGCCCGGCUCCGUGGAGCCGUUUCUGGGGAAGAAACUCGGCGAGGUGGGGGUCCAGUUGGGGCUGUCGCUGGGGAUCGGGCUGGAGGAGAGGCUGGCGCUCGGGCUGGACCGUAAACUCGCCCGCACGUUUGCCGAGGUGGAGGAGAGGGUGAACCGCCGCAUGGCUCGCCUGAAGGUGGAGCUCCAGAGGAGGGAGGCGGAGCUAGAGCGGGAGAGGCGCGGCGGGGAGCGGCUGCGGACGGAGAAACAGGAAGUGGAAGAGAGGGCGGCGUACCUGUCCAGACAGGUCUCUGCUGCCGUGGAGAUGAUGGAGCGACUAAAGAAAGAUCUGGAAGGAAAAGAUAAAGAGCUGAAUGAACGACAACAGGAGAUGGUCGACAUCGAGUGUUUUCUGAGGGAGACCGCAAAGAAAGAGGCCGCGGCGAAAUCCAGACUGCAGGUGUUCAUCGAGACGCUGCUGGAGCGAGCCGACCGCGCAGAGAGACAGCUGCUGCUGCUGAGCGCACACACGCAUCACAACGACCGCUACACGCGCACGCACGGCGAGCCGUACGCGCUCACCGAGGGAUACGCCGCCGUGCCGGGCCGAGCGGGGCGCAGCCUGGACGCCAGCACGGACGACAUCAUCGCAAGCAAGAUGCAGGAGACCAUCGGCAACCGGCGGAGUUACAGUGUCUCAGCCUCCGACAGACUGGGAGAUCAGCCGCACGGCCAACAUCCCGACAGUGGACUGACGGGUCAGAUGAGGACUCUGUCUCUGGGUUCAGGCGGCUGGGACGGCGAGGAGGGGCUGCUGCCCCCCCACCACUACGCUCCGUCCUGGACGCGCCGAGAGAGUCCCGGCUGGGGGGGGAGGGACGGAGGAUGUGGGAGAACGUGGAGCAAAAGAAACCGUCGCCACUACAGCACUGAAGAAGAAGAGGAAGAGGAAGAUGAAGAUGAAGAGGAAGAAGAGGGGUUCUGGAGCAGCGCUGAGAUGAGGAGAUUUGUCUUCGCCAGGACACACACACCUGGUUCAGAAAGCCCCUCCUCCCUCUGCUCCACCCCCUCCCGUCGUCACAGCGACAGGCAGCUGGGGGCGGACACCUUGAGGCUGAGGGCGGGACUUUUUUGCGUGUUUCCGUAUUUGGACGUACGCUCUCUGCUGCGCGCGGCCGAGGUCUGCUCUGAUUGGCGGUUCGUUGCCAGGCACCCGGCGGUCUGGACACGCCUCCGGUUGGAGAACGCCAGAGUGUCGGCCGAGUUCCUGACCACUCUGUCUCAGUGGUGUACUCAAACUCAGUCUGUGGUUCUGAACAACCUGAAGCCUCGUAGCAAACAAGUCGACGAGACGCGAGAGGAUUACCACAAGAACACACGAGGCAGCGUGGAGCCGGGGGUGGAGGCUCUGCUGCGGUCGGCGGGCGGCAGUCUGCUCCACCUGUCUGUCUCUCAGUGUCCUCACAUCCUCACCGACCGGACGCUGUGGCUCGCCAGCUGCUACAGCCGCAACCUGAAGACCCUCACGUACAGGAGUUCAUCAGAUCCCAUCGGUCACGAGGUGCUCUGGGCCCUGGGCGCCGGCUGCAGGAACAUCAGCAGCCUGCAGGUGGCACCUGCUCACCCCUGCCAACAGCCCACUCGGUUUGGAAACCGCUGCCUGCAGACGAUUGGUCGAUGCUGGCCACACGUCCGCUCGCUCAGUGUGGGCGGGGCCAGCUGUGGGACUCAGGGAUUGGCUGCUUUGGUGCGUACCUGUGCCCACCUGCAGGUGCUGGAGCUGGAGCGUAUCAGUGACCUGGGCCUGCAGGCUGCUACAGCGCUGUGUGAAGCCGGACUGACGAGUCUGGAGACGCUGAUCCUGACGCACACGCCCGUCAGCAACCAGGCCGUCCUGCACUUCCACAGUGUGUGUGUCAGCUCUCACAACGAGCACCAGGACGUGCACGCCCUCGGGGCAGAGCUCACGCACAUCCUGUGGGCGGGGCAUAUGAGGGGGCGUGUCCACCACUCUCAGCACCAGCAACAGCACAUUCAGGGCCAGCAUUUCCGGCUCGUCGUCCCCUACUGGCCGAGUCCAGUUGCUGAGGAUUCGGAAGAGGGUAUCGCCAAGACCACCGUCUUUCACGCCGUGAUCCAUCCCAGGAUAUGA